UGGAACUCCAACUGGAACUGGAGCUGCGGCCGAGAGCAAGGCGAAGGCUAAGGCUGAAUUGGCUCAAAAGUUUUUUGCUAUAAAUGCGACGGUCGACUAGAGUCAAGCCAUCAAACAGCCCAAGCAACUUUUAAUUGCCAGACGCCGUUAGCCCCAACAAAAAACGUAAACAACAAGAAAAUGAAAUUCUUCUCGCUUGGAUCCGUGCUCACCCUCUCCGCCGUGGCCAGCGCCGCCUUGGCCGCACCCCAGGGCGCUGCUCGUCUGCGCCGCGAUCUCUCCGAGCUGGCGCUGGAUGCCGCCGCCAUGGAGUACGUGCCGCCGGCAACGGAGUAUCUGCCCGCCGAUGCCACGGAGGAGCCGAGCGCCGUGCGGGGCGAGCAGGGCUACGAAUAUCGCACGGUGCGUCGCCUCAAGCUGCGCCAUCGAAACCGCCGCGACGUCUCCCAUUUGCCCAUUGGCCAGCAGUACUUGCCGCCGCCCAGCAACAGGUAUCUGCCACCCGCUCCUGCUGCAGCCGAUGACACCGAGGAGGUUGUCUCCGCUGCACAGCCCAAGGUGGCCAACGAAUAUCUGCCGCCAGCCGUCGAGGAGCAGCCAGCCAGCACUGAGGCGCCCACGGCCCCGGAAACCGAAGCGCCGGCAGCUGAGGCCCAGCCCUUGGUCGAGGACCAAAUCGUCGUCGAUGUGCCCACGGCCGAGCUACGUGACGAUGGCUAUCACUACAAGCAGCCCGAGGAGAUGCCCGCCGAGCUGAAGGAGGCUGCCAAGGAGUACUUGCCGCCGCUCGACGAUGGGGUCGUCGUCGAGGGCCCAGCCGACGGCGAGAGCUCUGUCCUGACCAAGGAUGGCUAUCAAUAUCGCGCCAUUCGCCGUUACAGAUUUUAGUUGCGCCUUGCCAGCAAUUUAGCAUUU